CAUCGUACUAAAUGCCCCGCAUUCGGGGAGAUGUCCGGGGUGAGAAUGCGGGGGAAGCUAUUCGUCCAGAUCAAACAUCAACUAUCAUUACAUCCGGCCUCUAUACCCGGGGGAAAUAUCGUUUGAAAACAUUUGUCUGCACUCUAAAUCAAUAGCAGAACAUUAACAUAGAGUGUCUGUCAACUUACAUCAGUGUGAGAUGGUCGUCUGAGAAGAGAUCUCUAAAACUGUUCUUCUAAAGCAUACUACUCCUCGACCCAUCAUCCUCCCAAAAAUUCCACCCACCACUUCACCGGCUCAUCAUUCUAUAACGUUAUAAUAACGGACAACAAAUCGGAGCAAAAACAAAAUGUCUACAGACCCUAAAUACGACGACCUACAUAAACAACUCUUCGAGGAGGGCCUCAAAGUCCGCCGCAGCGUCGUCGGCAGCGAAUACGUCGACCGCGCCCUCGCCAACGGCUCGACAGAGUUCUCUCGCCCCGGACAAGAACUGGUCACAGAGUGGUGCUGGGGAAACAUCUGGACGCGGCCGGGCCUUGAUCGCAAACAGAGAAGUCUGUUAAAUAUCGGCAUGCUGAUGGCGUUGAACCGUUCUCCGGAGCUUGGCAUACACAUUCGCGGAGCUAUCAAUAACGGGCUGACAGAAGUCGAGAUUCGAGAAGCGAUUCUGCAUGCGACUGUGUACUGCGGAGCGCCAGCUGGUGUGGAUGCGAUGAAGGUGGCCGAGAAAGUUCUAAACGAGAUGGAGGAGAAGGGAGAGUAUAAGAGGGUGCUUGGAAAUAAGGUUGCUUGAUUGUGUGACUGGAUGUCGAGAAGGGCUGUAUCUGACUGGUCGGGACAUUUUACAAUCAUAUUAGAGAUGUAUGAGGCAGUUAUGAUUGGACUAAAUGCACGAUGAUUACCAUUGAUAUCUGUUUCAUCCAAUGUAUAGGUGAAGUGGAAGACACUGGGAUUCGCCGUUGGUAGACUCUAGACUAGUCUCAACGGCAAGGCCUCAGAAAAGUGCUUCAUACGCUCUAUCUAGACCAUCGUUUAUAUCAAUUCCGAGCUUGUAUUUGGCUUUGAAGAUACAUCUGGAAUAUCUACGAGUACCUUGGUGGAAAUGAAAUUGAUAUCCCACUACGCACCA